AUGGAAGAGCGGGAAGCAAAACGCUCUCGGCGCCCCCUCCUCCCUCCCCCUUUCCCCUUGGUCUCUUUGUUGGCCGGCAUCUUCUUCUUCUUCUUCUGCACACAACAAGCCAGUCAGCCAGCGCUCAUCGCCAACAACCUCCACGAGCUGAUUCGCGAUGGCAACCACUCCGUCGCCGACCUCAUGGCCCUCGGCGCCACGAUGCUCGGCCGGCGCCACGUGCUGCCGGCCGUGUGCAGCACGCUGCGCGAGAUCCAGGUCGAGGGCACGUUCCCCAUGGGCACGUAUCUCGUCACCGUCCACAAUCCCAUCGGCACCGACGACGGCGACCUGCGCCGCGCGCUGUACGGCAGCUUCCUCCCCGUGCCGGACACCGAGGCCUUCCAGCUGCCGCCCGACUCCGAGUACGCGCCGGACAGGCAGCCCGGCGCCGUCGUCGCCGUCCGCGGCCGCGUCGUGCUGAACCCCGGCCGCGCCCGGGUCCGCCUCCGCGUCACCAGCAAGGGCGACCGCCCGAUCCAGGUCGGCUCGCACUACCACUUCAUCGAGGCCAACCCGCAGCUCGAGUUUGACCGCCAGAGGGCCUACGGCUUCCGGCUCGACAUCGCCGCCGGCACGUCGGUGCGCUUCGAGCCCGGCGACACCAAGACCGUCACCCUCGUCGAGAUCGGCGGCGCCAGGGUCAUCAGGGGCGGCAACAACCUCGCGUCGGGCGUCGUCGAGGCCCGCCGCGCGAGCGAGAUCGUCCGGGACCUGCAGGCCGCCGGCUUCGCCCACGUCGCCGAGGCGAGCCCGCGCGGCGACGCCGCCCACAUCGACAUGUUCCAGAUGGACCGCGCCGCCUACGCGACCAUGUUCGGCCCCACGACCGGCGACCUCGUCCGCCUGGGCAACACCAGCCUCUGGGUCCAGGUCGAGCGCGACAUGACGUCGUACGGCGACGAGUGCAAGUUCGGCGGCGGCAAGACGCUGAGGGAGGGCAUGGGCCAGGCCACCGGGCGCCGCGACGACGAGACGCUCGACGUCGUCGUCACCAACGCCCUGAUUGUCGACUGGACCGGCGUGUACAAGGCCGACAUUGGCGUCAAGGACGGCGUCAUUGUCGGCAUCGGCAAGGCCGGCAGCCCCGACGUCAUGGACGGCGUCAGCCCCAACAUGGUCGUGGGGAGCUGCACCGACGUCGUGGCCGGCGAGGGCAAGAUCGUCACGGCCGGCGGCGUCGACACCCACAUCCACUACAUCUGCCCGCAGCAGGCGAACGAGGCCUUGGCUUCGGGCAUAACGACGUUUCUGGGGGGCGGAACCGGUCCAAGCGCCGGGUCCAACGCGACAACCUGCACGCCGGGCAAGAACCUGAUCCGCGCCAUGCUCCAGGCGUGCGACGCGCUCCCGCUCAACGUCGGCCUCACGGGCAAAGGGUGCGACUCGUCGCCCGAGGCGCUCCGGGAGCAGGUCACGGCCGGGGCGUGCGGGCUCAAGGUGCACGAGGACUGGGGCGCGACGCCGGCGGCCAUCGACGCCUGCCUCAGCGUGUGCGACGAGCUCGACGUGCAGUGCUGCAUCCACACCGACACGCUCAACGAGUCGGGCUUCGUCGAGCAGACCGUGGCCUCGUUCAAGGGCCGCACCAUCCACACGUACCACACCGAGGGCGCGGGCGGCGGCCACGCGCCCGACAUCAUCUCCGUCGUCGAGCACGCCAACGUGCUGCCGGCGUCGACCAACCCCACGCGGCCCUUCACCAGCAACACGCUCGACGAGCACCUCGACAUGCUCAUGGUCUGCCACCACCUGUCCAAGGACAUCCCCGAGGACGUGGCCUUUGCCGAGUCGCGCAUCCGCGCCGAGACCAUCGCCGCCGAGGACGUGCUGCAGGACAUGGGCGCCAUCAGCAUCAUGAGCUCCGACUCGCAGGCCAUGGGCCGCUGCGGCGAGGUCGUCGCGCGCACCUGGAACACGGCGCACAAGAACAGGCUCCAGCGCGGGAGGCUGCCCGAGGACGAGGGCAGCGACGCCGACAACUUCCGCGUGCGCCGCUACGUGAGCAAGUACACGGUCAACCCCGCCGUCGCCCAGGGCUUCUCCCACGUCGUCGGCAGCGUCGAGGUCGGCAGGCUGGCCGACCUCGUCCUCUGGGACCCGGCCUGGUUCGGGACGAAGCCGUCGUCGGUGCUCAAGGCCGGCAUGGUCGCCUGGGCCAUGAUGGGCGACGCAAACGGCUCCAUCCCCACGGUCCAGCCCACCGUCGGGCGGCCCAUGUACGCGCCGCUCGUCCCCAGCACAAAGGUGCUCUUCGUCUCCGGCGCGUGCGUCUCCUCGGGGACCGCCGCGUCCUACGGCCUCCGGAGCCGCGUCGAGCCCGUCCGCAACUGCAGGGGCAUCCGCAAGCAGGACAUGCGCCUCAACGACGCCAUGCCCAAGAUGAAGGUCGAUCCCGAGAGCUACGUCGUCGAGGCCGACGGCGAGGUGUGCAGCGCCGAGCCGGCCGACGUGCUGCCGCUGUCGCAGACGUGGUACGUUUACUGA